ACUGAUUUUGUCAUAUUCAAUGGCUUUACAGGACUUGUGCAAAUGCCGGGACAACUUUCUGGACAGCUUCACCACUUUUGGAAAGAAGACUGGAUGUCAUUCUGUGAUUCCUUUUCAGGAUGGAACAAGUUGGUUUAAUUUCUAUACACCAGUUGCAGGGUACCUCGAUGAAAGUCCAAUACAGUUUGGGCAGAUCAGAACCGUCCAGAACUCCAGUGACAUCUUUUCUCAAGACUCCGCCGCACCCUCCCUCUCCUCGCCGACCAACCUUCCCCUAUCCUCCUCUCAGUCCGUCCCUCUUCCUUUCCCCAUGUCUCACGGCACCACCACCCUGGCUUUCAUGUUCCAAGGCGGCGUGCUGGCCGCGGCGGACACUCGUUCCAGCUGCUCGGGGCUCGUUGCGUGCCCGGCGUCCCAGAAGAUCCUGCCCAUUCACAGCCACUUGGUCGGCACGACCUCGGGCACUUCGGCCGACUGCGCUCUUUGGAAGCGGAUUCUGGCUCGGGAGCUGCGGCUCUACCAGCUCCGCCACGGCCGACGGCUUUCCACGAGAGGAGCGGCCAAACUGCUCUCCUACAUGCUUCACCCGUUUAAGGGGACCGAGCUGUGUGUGGCGGCCACGCUGUGUGGGUGGGAUGGAGGAGAGGACGAUGGACGCCGUGACCAUGUGGGUGCCCAGAUUGAUUGUAGAGAGAUGAGUGGUCUUGGAAAGCCUGUGGAUACAAGUGUUGAAGAGUCGUCUCAGGCAGAGACAAAGACUUCCUCUUCAACAAAUCUCAGAAAGUCAGAAAGUUUCUCUGGACCCAGUUUGAUCUACGUGUGCAGCGACGGCACUCGUCUGCAGGGGACCCUGUUCUCUGUGGGCUCUGGAUCCCCUUACGCCUAUUCCAUUCUGGACCAAGGGGUUCAGUGGGGACUGACGUUGCAGGAGGCCACAGCAGUCGCCAGAGAGGCCGUGUACAGAGCGACGCACAGGGACGCUUACUCAGGAAACUGUGUGGACGUCUAUCAUAUCUCGUCAAAGGGAUGGACCCGCAGGAGCAGGGAGGAUUUGAAAGAGGAAUAUUACAGAGAAAAGAGAAGACAAGAGAAGAGGGAGAAACAGGAACGUGACUUUGUCUGAGUAAAAGACUUGAAACAAACAAAAAUGGAAUGAGAAAAGAAAAGCAAACUUCGGGGAGUAUUUUGGAGAGACAUGAUGGCAUUUUUUUGCAGCAGACACUAAAUUAAUGAAGAGGACAAGAAUUUGCAUCCUCCAGGCGAUUCCUCAAAUGAUUUGAGCAUGCAUACCGUUCCCUCUAAUAAACAGCUGAUGUUUUUGUUUGCGCUGAGGAUAGAAUGUAUACUCUAACAGCGCUCUGCUGGCUGGCUUUUUGAUUAAGACGUUAAAACAUAAUGAAUCAUUUCAAGUAGGCUGUGUGAGAUAAUUAUAAACCUACUCCUGCAGGGGUUGGACGCACAUAAACACAGAGAGAAGCAGAAAAAGAAAAGCUUUAAUGGUCCAAAAAAACUGAAAUGUCUGGAGAUUGAGGGUUUUUAAAUGUACUGCUGCGCAUAACGGGGGCUAAUUUAGGUGAAGCGAUAAACAGUCAGGAGCUGAAAACUUGAUUUGUGUCCGCUGUCAGAUUUCUCUGAAGUGUCUUUGACGCUUCGAUAAAUUAAUGAAUUUGCUGAACCUGCCUGUUCAUUCUGUGUGAGCAGCCUGGUAGUAAAUUAAGAACACAAGUCAUUCUCGCAGUGACAAAGGCUGCAAAAGAAUAUGAGGGGCAAGAGGUGUGAAGCUGUUUGUCCUCAUCCCCGCUCUCUUUUCAAAACCUGAGUUUGGACAGUCUGAGUACAUCGGUGAAACUUUUCAACGGUGAGGAAAUGUAUCACAUUAUGGGAGGAAGCUUUUAGCAUAUCGGUGAUGCAACAUAUCACAAUGUUUGAGCUGUAUUUUUUAAAACCUGCGCACAUAUCUUAGGGUCUUCAUUAUUAUGUUUUGGAAUUGCUGUUGUUGAUUACUUGAGCUGUCAGUGGUGGAACAUGGUGUAAAACGACCAACCAAA